AAAAAGAUAAUAUUGUUUUCCCGACGACUAAUCCACUUUCAGUAUUUUAUAAAAUAACUGAACUCAAGUUGCUCGAUCAAACAAGUACCCUUAAAUGUCUCUCUGUCUAUAUAAAUGUACACUCUUCCCAAACAAAACCAUAUCUCAAAAUAUGAAUAAUCAAAAAUGGAGUAUAGGUUUCAUAUCUCUCGCUUUUCUCUUCAUCACUUCCUCUUCAGCUGAGUUCAUCAUUCAACAGGUCACAAAGGGCAGAGGAAUAGAGUACAACAGUUCUUACAGUCUCGAGGAGAAUCUUGGAGUGACAAGAGAGUUGAGAGAAGAGCGACCAUCGAGUAAGAUAGUGACAAUAACAAGCUUCUCAGUGAUUAAAGGCAGAGGAGAACCCUAUGAAUCCUCUGUUUUUGAGGCUGCUGGUUACAAAUGGAGAUUGGUUUUGUACGUGAAUGGUAAUAAAAACGACGGUGGAAAUGAUCAUAUUUCCCUUUACGCAAGGAUCGAAGAGACAAACUCUCUUCCAUUAGGUUGGGAAGUGAAUGUUGAUCUCAAACUCUUUGUCCAUAAUGGGAAGCUACACAAAUAUUUGACUGUUACAGAUGGCUUAGUGAAGCGAUAUAACAAUGCGAAAAAAGAAUGGGGUUUCGGACAAUUGAUUCCUCGAUCAACAUUCUACAACGCGAACGAAGGUUACCUUGACCAGGACACUGGUUCUUUUGGUGCUGAGAUCUUUAUUGUUAAACCGGCUCAACAACAAGAGAAAGUUACAUUCAUAUCAAACCCUCCAAACAAUGUUUUCACUUGGAAGAUACUUCGUUUCUCUACCUUGGAAGAUAAAUUCUAUUACUCCGAUGAUUUUCUCGUUGAAGACCGAUACUGGAGACUAGGAUUUAACCCGAAAGGGGAUGGAGGAGGAAGACCACAUGCACUUCCAAUCUUCCUAUUUGCUCAAGGCCAUAAGGCAAAUGCAGUUGCUACAAACACUUGGGGAGCGGUUAAUCUGCGGUUAAAGAAUCAACGAAGUACUAACCAUAGACAAAUAUAUUCUGCAGCUUGGUACCCGAUUGGAAGCGGUUAUGGUGUGGGAGUGAACAAUAUCAUACUGUUAGCUGAUUUAAACGAUGCAUCAAAAGGAUAUUUGGUGAAUGAUGCCAUUAUCUUUGAAGCUGAAAUGGUUAAGGUCUCUAUAACCAACAUCGUCUCCGCUUAAAUAUCUGCACUUCUUUGUCUACGAUCAAUCAACCUUAUGAAUAAAAAGAUGUUUAAUUUGAUGAGUUUGUAAUAAGAAAACGUUAAUGUUUGUGAAUUGUGAAGUUAUUAUUUCUGUUCUUCUGAGUUUUUUUAUUUCAAUGAAAAUAAAACUCUUACCGGUUUAAAUUGUUUGAAAUAUGUUGGGGAGUAUGGAGUGUUAGUUAUAUGAAUAAAUUCGACUUAUUUGGAGUCAGAAAGAAACUAAUAAUU